AGCCCGUGGCGGACCCCGGCUCAGCCCGUCGGGGCGCCAGCCGCUUGCGGCGGACCCGCCGGACGCCACGCCUCCGGGGCGUCGGAACCGGGCCGCCUGAGCUGACCUCCGGGCCCCCGAGUCAUCUCGCACCACCUUAGCCCCUCCCGGCACAGCAAACCCGCGUGUCUGCCGCGCCGUCUGCUGCUCAACCUCUUGUCUUCUGACCUCAGGAGCAGAUUAGCCCUCUUGCCUUCCAUCCCUCGUUAAAGGUUUGGCUUUGAGGCCCGUGGGGAUGACCGGAAAAGUGCUGUAAGAAUUUCAGAUAGAAGAUGUUGAUGGUAAAAUCGUCCAGUGCUGGGCAUGAUUUGUUUGUGUUGUCGAUGUCCUCCAAACUGAACAGACGGAGAACCCAAGUUCACCUACACGUGGGAUGCUGUAGGACAUUUUUUCCCAAACUGUUGCCAGUUCUUGUUGAGGGCAGCAUUAAGAUCCCCCGGCCCUCCCCGUCCUAGCCGCACCGGCCCCCUCUCCCCGCCCCCGGGCGCUGUGAACGCACAGGCACUUUUGUGGUCCCCUACCCCCACCCCCUAUUUGGCGCGGUGAACGCACAGGCACUUGUGGUGAGCGAGUGAAUGAUGCCACUCAGUGUCUUUAACUGGUGGGUGAAAUUAAGGUCGCAGAUAGUCCGGAUGUUCUAAAAUUUGCAAAUUUUUAGGGAGGGAAAUGAGAGAAAAUACUGUAGGAGCCGCCUUUAUGAUAUUUUCUGCAAAUGUGUAUCGAAUUCUCACUGGAUUGGGCAUCGUGGUAGGACUUUUAAACUUCCUAACUUGGACUUUCUUAUAAAUAAAUCUUAAAGUAGCUUAGUCACAGACUUGUAGUUACAAGAACUGAAAGGGACUUAAAACAACUGGGUUUUCAGGUAAAGAAAGCACUUUUAUUCGUGUGAGGGAUGAGUCCACCGACUACUGUGUUCUAACUCUGCAUUUGGAAUCAGGUAGAUGUGACCUCCUACUCAAGUAAAACUGUUCCUUUAGACGGGCUCCUGCUGUGCUUUAUGCAAAUUUUUUAAUAUUGCUUGACUGACCUCCUCAAGGGCAGGGACUGAGCCUUAUUUAUUUUUAUGUCACCAGUGCCUGGCGUUUUGUUGGAACUCUAUUUUUAACAGGACCAGUGGUAGCAAAGAAGUACAUUUGUCCUUCCCAGAUAGUUUGUCAGUUUGUAACUGAUCAUUAGUUUGUUACUAUUCUGAAUUUCAAAACUUGCUUAAUAAAAGCUUAUUUAGACUCUGAUUACAUUUGUGCCAUGACUUUUUGAGGUUGAAAGAUCUUGAUGAAAUCUACUAAUUAAACCCAGGCAUAUGAACCAUGGACCACAUUACUUACGGAGGGAAAGGCAGACAAUCAGAAUUGAAUUUGUUGCAAGUAUUAUGUCUGGAAGAACCAUACAGGGAGAAGAAGGAGCUGACAUUAGGUAGCUCAAAGUGGUAGGUACAGAAAAGUCUGGUAUAUUUUACUGUUGAAAAAUGUAGAAAGAAUAUUGGGAAAUGUCCUGGGACUGUAGUAGACACAGUUAAAAUGUGUGUUUGUUUAUUAGGUGUAGUAUGUAUUAGGACUACUUUAGAAUUGAUAUUUAUGAUUAAGUAUCAGCUGGGCCUUUUUGUGGGUGAGGGCAAGGGAUUUUGAUCUGAAACUAGGACCCAAGUGUGGUAAUAUAGAAAGGGGCCCUGUGUGUGUGUUCAGGUGGUUGUGAUACUGUUUUCUAUACACUUCUGCCUCUUAUAUAGCAGUUCAGUGUGAGAUCGAGGAAAAUUUCAUUUUUUGCAACAGUCCUUUUUAUAUAUAUGUACUCAAAAAAAUUGAAAUCCCUUAUACUAAAAAUAGUAUACAGUUAAACGUAUGUUUAGAAUUACAGAAAGGAUUGUGUAGCAGAAAACACUGGAUUAUUACCUUCCAACAUUUUAUAAUCUUAUAGACCUGUGCUGCCCAAUAUAUUCAGCCACUAAUCACAUCUGGCUAAAUUUAAGCAUUAAUUAAAAUAUAGUAAGAUUUACAGUUCGUCUUUUCAGUCUCAGUAGCCACAUUUCAGGUGCUCAGCAGCCACAUUUGACUAUUGUCUGCUGUCUUGGACAAUGCUGAUGUAAGCCUUUCCAUCAUUGUAGUAAGUUCUUAGGGACAGUCCUAUUCUAGACCAUUAGCAGGUACAUCCAAAUAUUGGAAAACUGGGUUUUACUGCUCACUGUCUUUUCAUCAGGAUAUAGGAGAUUUAGAUAAGGGUCGUGAAGCAAGAAAUGUCUUCUGAUUAAUAUUUUCUCUUUCCAGUGGCUUUCAAUUUUGUACUUCCUAUAGAUUUUACUUAGAUGACAUAGUCUCACUAAGGUAAAAUGAUUAUAGCAAAAAAUGUUAGCCUUAAAUUACCACUUUUGUUAUAAAUGGAGAUACCUACUCAUAUAGGGUAUGCUACAUUUGAAAUAUUAAAGGUCUUGUCAGAAAUGUCCUACUUUUAGAAAUAGCAGUUAGGUGGGAUCUUAAAAACUGAGAUGUAGAGCUCAUUUUUACAGAUGAGGGGAUAGGCAUGUAAAGAAGUAAGCAACUUGCACAGGGUUGUCCAACCAAAUUGUGGUAGAGUCUGGCCUGAAAUCCAAAAGCAUUAACUUAAAAUUUACCCUAUAUUAGUAAGCAGUGAUGCUAGUAAGACAAUUUCAACUUUGGGUAUUUAAUAAAUAUUUAAAAUGGGUUGAGACACUCUGCUGAAUAGAUACGUUUCCCUGUUUGGAAUUCUAGAAUACUUCAACAGGAGCAGAGGAAUGGGUCUGUGAUUCUUGGCUAGAUCUAUCAUUGGACCCACUCUUAUAAAAGAUGACUGAGUCAGAGUUGGGGUCACUGCCUUGUAGAGGGAGCUUGAGGUAGGGAUACACUUGAGGAAAUAACAGCCACUGACCCUACUUUCUCCUCUUAGGUACCCAAGGAUGUGGCCUUUUAAUGCUGACUCAGUUCAGAACCAAGGAGAGUCUGAAGCACCAGUAUGCAUGAGCGAGUGCACCGAACAGAAAGACAGUUUCGAUCACUCCCAGCUAAUCAACAGAAACUACUUCCUCAGUUUCUUCUUCACUUGGACAAGAUCCGGAAAUGUGUUGAUCAUAAUCAAGAAAUACUACUGACCAUUGUGAAUGAUUGCAUACAUAUGUUUGAAAAUAAAGAAUAUGGAGAAGAUGGAAAUGGAAAGAUUAUGCCAGCAUCUACGUUUGACAUGGAUAAGUUAAAAUCCACAUUGAAACAGUUUGUGAGAGACUGGAGUGAAACUGGGAAAGCAGAAAGGGAUGCCUGCUACCAACCAAUCAUUAAAGAAAUUUUAAAAAAUUUUCCAAAAGAGAAAUGGGAUCCUUCUAAAGUAAAUAUUCUGGUACCUGGUGCUGGACUAGGAAGACUGGCCUGGGAAAUAGCUAUGCUAGGUUAUGCUUGUCAAGGAAAUGAAUGGAGUUUUUUUAUGCUUUUUUCUUCCAACUUUGUACUCAACAGAUGUUCUGAAAUUAAUAAAUAUAAGCUUUAUCCCUGGAUUCAUCAGUUUAGCAAUAACCGAAGGUCAGCUGAUCAGAUUCGACCCAUCUUUUUCCCUGAUGUUGACCCCCACAGUCUUCCUCCCGGUUCUAACUUUUCUAUGACAGCAGGAGAUUUUCAGGAGAUAUACUCAGAAUGCAAUACCUGGGACUGUAUUGCUACCUGUUUCUUCAUAGACACAGCUCACAAUGUAAUUGAUUAUAUUGAUACAAUAUGGAAAAUACUCAAGCCAGGUGGAAUUUGGAUAAAUCUAGGUCCUCUGCUGUACCACUUUGAAAAUUUGGCGAAUGAACUUUCCAUAGAAUUGAGCUAUGAGGAUAUAAAAAAUGUUGUCCUGCAGUAUGGAUUCCAGUUAGAGGUGGAAAAAGAAUCUGUCUUGUCAACGUAUACUGUGAAUGAUCUAUCCAUGAUGAAAUACUACUAUGAAUGUGUUUUGUUUGUGGUCCGUAAACCACAAUAACAGUCUCAAGUGAUUAUCAUCAAGAAAAAAGUUUAAUAGCAAAUGCUGAAAUAAACAACUCAAAAUCAACUAUCAUAAUGACAGGACACAACCUCAAAUCAGUGGUGCCUUCUUAUUCCUAACAAAAUUUAGAAAUAGUGUCUAUUUUCUUAAUAUGUCUAUCGCUUUUUCAGAAAUAUACUGUGCCAUGCAUAUUUGUACUACACAAGUAAAAAUGGAGGAAAUGUCUUCAAGUAUACUUUUUCCUUGAAGCCCAGAAUUAUCUUUCAGUAGAAAAAACUUUAUUUCCAGUGUCUUCAUGAAGCUGUCCAUUAAGUCUGCCAUAUGAAUAACUUAUAGUAUUGCAAUCCAUAAAAAUCUCCCUUUUUGUUGUUUUAUAUGCAUCAUACAUGUUAUUUUUAGAGUCUAAGGAUCCUUUGUCACUUCCAACAUCUGGAAUUGGGAUUUUGUUUACUUGGAACCUAAGCAAUCUAUACAGAAAAUGUAUAUCCUUUUAUCAUUCAAAUUAUUUUAUUUUCUAGCUCAGCUAGAAAAUAUAGUUAGCAUCAAACAUUUGAUCUUUACAAAAUGCUGAGUUUAUAGGAUCAAAUUAGUCUUCUGGUCACACGAAGUUGAACACUUUGAAAGCAUACUCGUCAUGGAUCACUCUGAAAUAUAUGAGAUCUCAGCAUUCUAAGUGAGGCACACAAGUAUUUAUUAAAGGUACUGCUAGGAAACUGGGAAAAUAAUAAAAUCUGCCCAUUUGAAAUGUAUGAUUUCUAACUAUAAAUUUGUCAGUUAGAUGUUUACAAUAAUGUCUUUCCUUUAGAUUACCUGAAUUAAAAAGCAAGCACUUUUUUUUUUCCGUUAAAACAAUUAUAUACUAGUAAAAACUGUCAUGAUAGUAUUAAUGUGGAGAAAUUUUCAUUAUGAAAUUUAGGGAUAAAUUACUGCCCAUGGUCUGUGUAUUUAAUAUUGUAAGCAGCAGCCAUUAGUAUAAUUUCAGAUUAGUGUCCAUUUUGUUCCCUGAUAGCUAUAGCUAAAACAGUAUAUGCUGCUUUAAAUUUCUACCUCUAGCAGAUCUUUUUUGGAGGGAGUUUUCCUUUGUAUUUUUUAAUGUUUAUUACCCUGUUUUCCAGUAGCUUGAUAAAUAGAUGACUAAUUUAAUGUGUUUUAACCUUUUCUUGGAGAAAAGGGAGUAAUAUUGAAUAUUUUCAUAGAUGGUUGUGAUGACAUAAAGUGACCUCUGUGGCAAUUUUAAUAGACUUAAUCUCAGUAAUGUGCUGGUAACAUAAAUGUCAUGUUUUCAUAGGAAAACUUAUUUAUAAAUCUUUACACCUUUAUUGUCAGUUAGGUGAGGGGAGUCCUAGUGUGAUUUGACAUCUUACCAGUAGGAUCUUUUCUGCAUACACUACAGGAGCGCCUGGGCCCUUUAUGCCCAUGAUGCGAUAAAGGAUUCCAUUAAGUUGAUUCGUCAAGUUAUGGACACCUGUAUGUAAUCUACUGAAUGUUUCUGAAAAACUAUUUCUCUUUUUUUGUGUUCCUGAGUACUUGGCAGAUGUUCAUUUAGUGGGAAUUCUUACCUACCACAUGGAUGAACUUGAAAUUAAUUGCAAGGGAAAAAAAAUGAACUUAUUUUCUUUUAAAGAAAGAAACUUAAAAAGAGCAUAAGUAUUUCUAAAAAGCCAUUGAAAGGAAUGCAUGCUGUUUGUAAUUUAGAAAUGCUUUUUAUUCACUGAUAAGUAUUCACUUUUUAACAGCUUGUAUCAAAACAAAUGAUUUUGGUUUUCUCAUAAAGGGCAAAACAGGUUGACACCAAUGGGUUGGCAUUUCUUAAAAUUUUUGCUAUCAGGUUUUAUCCUUUAAUAAUGUUAUUUGUACUUUAAAUUACAGCUUUUAGUUAAUUAUGAAAUCAGUUAUUUCAUUUGUUUCUUGAUUUCUCCUCCAUAUUAUGAAUGCUGUUUUAAAAAUAUACUACACAAAUUUGCAUCCCUUUUUUUCCCUUAUAGCUUUUGUAGUUAAUAUAUUCUAAACUUGAAAAUUGUGGUAUCAAUCAAUAAUAGAGGUGUCACUGGAGGAUUUAAUUUUGUAUUAUGUGUAGAAAUAGCUACUAAAGUGUGUAAGCCUUAAAGUUUAAAACAUUUUUCUUAAAUAACUAUACACAGAUUUUUCAUUUAUUUUCAUAAAGUGGGAGGAGAUAGGUCAUUGUGCUUGCUUUCGUUUCUUUUUUUAUUUCCAUAAUAUGAAGCAGUACAGGCUAGGGUAUGUUAAUCAAGUGAGCAAGAUGAGAUAUGUAAAAUAUAAAGAGAAGCUGUAUAAAUCACAGUAUAAAAUUAUUAAGUUUGGGAAUUGUAAAAUGUACUGUAUUUAUAUGUAACUCAUUCUAAAAGUUACCACAAAGGCUGAAUUGGAAGCUUCAUGUCUGCAUGAAAUUUCCUAUAUUUUUAAUGUGUAUGAUGGACUUAAUUUUUCUUGAAUAUUAAAAUCUGACAAUUGCUAUGAAACUA